UCCCAACCGAGUCGAGUCUUGUGUGUGUGUGUUGUCGUCGAAUAGAUCUAUUUCGAUCGAAAAAGUGUUUUUUAGGGUUUCGAAGUUGCAGAAGAAGAAAGAUGAUCGAGGUGGUGUUGAACGAUCGAUUGGGGAAGAAGGUGAGGGUGAAGUGCAACGACGACGACACCAUUGGAGACCUCAAGAAGCUCGUCGCCGCUCAGACUGGUACUCGCGCGGACAAGAUUCGUAUCCAGAAGUGGUACAACGUCUACAAGGAUCAUAUCACCCUCAAGGACUACGAGAUUCACGACGGCAUGGGCCUCGAACUCUACUACAAUUAGGUCUUCAAUUUCUUCCUCUCUCAAUUUGCUUUU